AUGGCAUUUGAUGCUAACGGUUUGUACGCUUCAGCAAUGUCAGAUUUAGACAGUGAAUAUCCAAAAGCAGAAAGUGCUAGACCGUUUCUACCAGAAGGAGAAAAAGAAUUUGUAAAACUCUUCAAUAAACAAAAAAUUAGACCUAGAACAACUAUUUUAACAGUGUGGUUUGACUAUCCCAAAAACAUGUUCUUCCAACCGAUACCAGCUAAAGAUAAAAUCACUUUCACGAAUAAAGAAGGUAAACAGGAAACUGGCACUAAAAUCAGGUUUAGAAAUGGUUUCUGUUCAGAAGUUUUAACAUCGGUUGAUAUUCAAGAAAUAGUUAAAGCCGGUGGAAAAAUACUCAGGAUAUUAGAUGGUAUAGUAUACGAAGAAAAUUUUAAAACUCCACCAUAUAGAGAUUAUAUUUUAAUUUUAAGAGAUCUUAGAAAUAAAUAUAAACGAGAAGAAAUUGAGGAAAAAGAGAUUACUGCUGAAGAUAGUAAAUCUACACGACUAACACCUAGUCAUUUGGGAUCAUUCGUUUUAUCUCACAGUAAAUAA